AUGGCGCCGCUCAUCCCCCGGAUGCAUCUCUUUGAGAUCGACGACCAGCCAUGGUUCCACCCCUGGUUCCGCGCCCGCGUGCAGGCCGCCCUCACCCAGGCCUGGACCUUCCGCGUGCCCGUCCUGCAGCGCAUGUCCGCCGCCAGCAUGGCCGCCCAGGUCUUGUGUCUGAAGCUGGCCUCGUCGGUGACUGACUAUGUCUUCAUUGACUUCUGCGCCGGCGGGGGCGGGCCCACGCCCUUCAUCGAGGCCAGCCUCAACGCCCAGCUGGCCUCGCUGUCCAAGAGCGCAGACGUCGACGCCGUCCGCUUCGUCCUGACGGACCUGCACCCGCACGUCGAGGAUUGGGCGAAAGCCGCCGCCGCGAGCCCCAACAUCAGCUACGAGCCCUCGCCCGUGGACGCAGCCAACGCGCCGCCGGACCUGCUCCGGAAGCACAGCACCGGCCCAGGGCGCUCGCCAGCCGACAGGGACCGCAAGAAGAAGGUCUUCCGCCUCUUCAACCUCGCCUUCCACCACUUCGACGACGCCCUCGCGCGCGCCAUCCUGCGCAACACGCUCGAGACCUCCAGCGGCUUCGCCAUCUUCGAGCUGCCCGACCGCACCGCCGCCGGCUUCCUCACCACCCUCGUCUUCGGCGUCGGCAUCAUGCUCACCGCCCCCUACUACGCCUGGGCCUGGCGCUCCCCCAUGACCCUCUUCUGGGCCUGGGUCGUCCCCGUCCUGCCCUUUGUGCUCGUCUUCGACGGCAUCGUGUCCGGCCUGCGCGUGCGCACUCCCGAGGAGGUCGAGGUGCUGCUGCGCACAUGCGGUGCCGAGGGUGGUGCUGAGGGGUGGGAGGUUAGGAGCGGGCGGGAGAGGCAUCUGUGGCCGUGUGGGUACCUGAACUGGAUUAUUUGUGUUAAGAAGGAAUCAAAGUGA